GCAUUUGGUUCUUAAUGCCAGUUAUAAUCAGAAAAUGUUUGCGAGAACCAAUAUCAAGGUUAUCUCGAGCAAAUAGAUAAGCGUACUACUUCAGUUUGAUUAUAUCGUUUAGAAAUCUUUUAGUGAAGUGAUAGAUUAGAAUACUAAGGAUUGAACCAUCGCAUCUGUAACAUCCUGAGCAACUAACGUAUUCAUAUCUAUUCUGCCAUAACUAUUUGAAGAUGAUGGUGGUGAUUUUAUCAUGGCUAAUUUCAAUAAUAACCGUUAUUGGUACCGGUAUCUUUCUUCUGAACUUAUAUAUUUCUCAAGCGCACAAAUAUUGGGAAACUAAGGGUAUAUUUACCCCAAAAACUUCCCCUAUAGUUGGUCACAUUUUGGAUCUAAUAUUAUUUCGAACGACUGUAGCGGAACUUCUCAAACAUUAUUACGAUCAAAUAGACGAAAGAUUCUUCGGAAUCUAUAUUUUCGACGAACCGAUUCUGGUGGUCAAAGACCCGGAUUUGAUCAAAAAUGUGCUGAUCGAAGACUUCCAUCAUUUUUCUAGCAGAUACAUCGGUAUUUCUCAUGAUGAAAUUCAAAAGAAUAUGUUGUUUUUUCAAAAAUAUACAGAAUGGAAAUCGACAAGAGCGAAACUAUCCCCGGUUUUUACAAUUUCUAAAUUGAAAUCGAUGGUUCCUCUACUUGAAGCUAUAGUUGAUGAUUUGGUACAGUUUUUAAAUGAAAAUCAAGGUGUUAUAGAAGCUAAGGAAAUUACUGCUAAAUUUACCACGGAUGCUAUAGCGAAAUGUGCUUUUGGUAUCGAAGCUGGAAGUUUUGUCCAAAAAAAGUCCGUUUUCAGAGAAGCUGGAAGAAAAUUAUUCGAAAACUCCUUAAGGAAUGCCAUUAGUCAAUUAAUACAUGUUUUCAAACCCAGUUGGACCCAAAAAUUGAAACUAUAUUUUUUCUAUCAACCAAGUGUACGUUAUUUCAAAAGUGUAUUUUUAGAUACACUGUAUAAUAGAAACGAUAGUUAUAGAUGCAACGAUCUGAUAGAUAUUCUCAAAGAUAUGAGAAAAAAUGAGAAAUCUGAAGAUAUAGAUGAAAAUAAAUUAGCAGCAUCCGCAUUUCAAUUUUUUGUGGCUAGUUUCGAAACUACGAGUGCCACAAUUUCAUUUACUCUUCACGAACUUUGUGUUAAUGAAGAAGCUCAACGUAGAUUGAGAACUGAAAUCAAUGAAGUCGUAGAAAAAUUUGGUGGCAUCACUAUGGAAUCGUUGAAAGAAAUGCGUUACUUGGAUAUGUGUAUAAAUGAAACUUUAAGGAAAUAUCCUGUGUUACCAUACUUGGAUAGGGUAUGUACACUGGACUACACUAUACCUGGCACAGAUAUACAAAUUGAGAAAGGGAGGGGAAUAAUGAUUCCUAUGUAUGGGCUACACAUGGAUCCAAACUAUUUUCCUGAACCAUCAAAAUAUGACCCAGAAAGGUUUGCUUACAAGAAUUCAAAUAUGAACGAAAUUCAUUUGCCAUUUGGAGGAGGUCCGAGAAACUGCAUAGGAGAACGAUUUGGUAAAUUGAGCAUGCAAGUUGCUCUUGUUAACAUUAUUAAAAAUUUCACAGUCGAAAUGUGUCAAGAAACUCCGAAUCCAAUUAAAUUCGAUAGAAAAACCUUCCUACUUACAUCCGAUGUCGGUUUACCUAUGAAAAUUACGAAAAUAAAAUGUUCAUAAGAUACGAA